AUGAAGUUGGUGCGUUUCCUCAUGAACUUGCCCUCCGCCACCAACCAGCCCGUCACCGUGGAGCUCAAAAACGGCAGCUCGGUCAACGGCCAGGUGCUCUCGUGCUCGCCUCUGAUGAACAUUUCGCUCAAAAACAUCAAGCUCAUCCAGCCGCAUCGCGACCCCCAGCUCAUGCAAUUCAUGAGCAUCCGCGGCAACCAGAUCCGCCAGGUCUUGCUCCCGGACGACCUCAAUAUAGAAGGCUUGCUUGCCAAGAGCCUGGUGCGCAUGAAGGGGCCUGGCGCCGGGCCGGGCAAGGUGGUGGCAGACCGCAAGAAGCCGUUCCGAAAGGGCAAGCGGGCAUUCUGA